UUCUGUUGCUCUCUUGCUUGGGUUUGUGCUUCCGGUUUGCUGUAGCUUGAGUUUAUUUUUACGCGAUGCUCCGUAGAAUCCCGGCGUUAAUACGUCCUCGCCCCUUCUCGGGCCUUCCUUUGUCCUCUGGAAACUGGGAUGUCUCGGUGGCUGUGUGUGUGCCACCCACGGCUCGGUCCGGAACCGGCAGGACAGAAAAUAAUAUCCAAAGACAUUUUGGCACUGGCAGCUGCAUCUAUAGCAAGAAAGAUAGCCAGUCUGUUCCAGCCAAUGAAAUUUCCCAGAAGACAGCAGAGACUCAAGGCGACAGAGAGGAGACUCAAAAAAAAAACUUGUUAGAUAUUCUUAAGGACAUGAAAGUUGAACUGAGCACAGUAAAUGUGCAAACAACAAAGCCUCGUGGCAAAAGACCUUCUGCUGGUCUGCAGGCUGCAGUUAGCAGGCAUAGAAGAGCUCCAGAAGACCCUCCAAAAAAUAGAAAUGAGUUCCUGAGUUCUGAGUUGGUAGCAGCCGCCUCUGCUGUUGCAGAUUCUCUACCGUGGGACAAGCAGACAACCAAGUCGGAGCUGCUCAGGCAGCUUCAGCAACACGAGGAAGAGACAAGGACUCAGAAAGACAGAGAGAAGAGUAAGAUUAGUUUCCGUCACAUAAUAUCAGAGAUGAAAAUUGCCAGAUCCCCUUCUGCAAGAGUUAGUACAAGACCACAGCACCAGAUUCAGUUUGAUGAGGAAAUGGACAAUUCUUCCCUUCACCUGGAGAAGCCAUCUGAUUUCAAACAAAGGAAAUGCUUAUUCAAGGGGAAAAGACUUGGCAUUUUUGACAUUAAGGCGUUUGCUGAUGAAGCACCUGAAACAGAAGCAUCCCCUUCUCUCUGGGAGAUAGAAUUUGCUAAGCAGCUAGCCACAGUAAAUGAACAGCCUUUGGGGAAUGGAUUUGAGGAGAUGAUCCAAUGGACAAAAGAGGGGAAACUGUGGGAGUUCCCAGUUAACAACGAAGCAGGCUUUGAUGACGAUGGUUCAGAAUUCCAUGACCAUAUAUUUUUGGAUAAGCACCUGGAGGGCUUCCCCAAGCAAGGACCAAUUCGCAUCUUCAUGGAGCUGGUGACUAGUGGCCUUUCGAAAAACCCAUAUCUGAGUGUUAAACAGAAAGUCGAUCAUAUAGAGUGGUUUAGAAAUUAUUUUAAUGAAAAACAGGAUAUUCUCAAAGAAAAUAAAGUAGAGUUCACUUAACAUCAUGAAGAAAAUUUUCAUUUAAGCUGUUGAAGAUGUAUAUUAUAGCUAAAUAAAAAUUUUAUUAAAGUUA